GUUGGGCUAAGUUUGGGCCUACUUGGAGGGGAAUUGCCGAAUUGGGGUUUGGUUGGCCCAAAAGCAGCUUUGUUUCCAUUCCCCGGCACUCACUCGUAUUCACUGGUACUCUCAAAGCCGCUGGACUCACAGUGUCUUGCGAGAAAAAAUCUAGAGAGAGAAAGUCAGAGAGAGAGAGGAUGAAGUACAACCCGCGAGUUUCGAGCUCGCGUCGCAAGUGCAGGAAGGCGCAUUUUAGCGCACCGUCUAGCGUUCGCCGGGUGCUGAUGAGCGCACCCCUCUCCGCUGACCUCCGGAACAAGUACAACGUCCGGUCAGUCCCCGUCCGCAAGGACGACGAGGUCCAGGUGGUCCGUGGGACCUACAAGGGCCGCGAGGGCAAGGUGGUCCAGGUGUACCGCCGCAAAUGGGUCAUCCAAGUGGAGCGGAUCACCCGGGAGAAGGUCAACGGGUCCACGGUCAACGUCGGCAUCAACCCCUCCAAGGUCGUCAUCACCAAACUCAGGCUCGACAAGGACCGAAAGUCGCUUCUCGAUCGCAAGACCGAGGGUCGAGCUGCUGAUAAGGCUAAAGGGAAGUUCACGGCUGAUGAUGUUGCGGGUGCAGCGUCUCUCCAACAGGUCGAUUAGAUGUUAACAUUCCCCGAACUUGUGCUAUUUUUUAAUUUUUCUUAUCUUUUUUAAUAGGGUAACUGUUUUGGGUAAGUGAUUAUUUAGUAUUAUUUGCACCCAACUGAUAUAAAUUUCAAUUAGAAAUAAUUACGAGUUGUUAAUAGAUGCAUUGUGUUUUUUAGGUUUUGCAUUAAGUGUUUCAUGGUUUUUUUUUUUUUUUUUUUUUUUUAGAGCAUUUGGAAUGCUUAAAUGCUGUUUUUGUUUUGAAGCA